AUGAGCUUUGAGGAUGUUGAGGAGCGCGAUGGCGUUCGAUUGUCUUGGAAUGUAUGGCCUUCGUCGCGCAUAGAAGCAACUCGGACUGUGGUUCCCAUCUCCGCACUGUACACUCCACUGAAAGUCAGAGAGGAUCUUCCGCCUGUCCUUUACGAGCCUGUUUCAUGCAAAAGCUCGUGCAGAGCAAUUCUUAACCCUUAUUGUCAAAUUGAUGUCCGCGGGAAAUUAUGGAUAUGUCCGUUCUGCUUGCAACGAAAUGCUUUCCCAGCGCACUACAAAGACAUUUCCAAUACCAACCUGCCAGCGGAGCUCCUCCCCAAGUACACCACUAUAGAAUACACUCUAUCCAGACCCGCACCCGCACCCCCGAUCUUCCUCUUUGUUGUUGAUACUUGCCUUGAUGAAGCUGAUCUCAAAGCUCUUCGUGACACCAUUGUUGUUAGCCUGAGCUUACUUCCUCCACACGCAUUGGUCGGGCUGAUCACUUAUGGAACAAUGACUCAAGUGCAUGAGCUAGGUUACGCGGAAUGCUCCAAGUCAUACGUUUUCCGUGGAGGAAAAGACUACACGUCAAAACAAAUUCAGGAUAUGCUUAGCUUGGGUGCCCAGAACAGAGCAGCACCUCGAUCUGGGCAGCCCGUGCCUCCUCCGAGCUUUGGAGCCUCGCGCUUCUUGUUACCAGUUUCGCAAAUUGAGUUCCAAUUGACGGGACUUCUCGAGGCACUCCCUCGCGAUCCCUGGCCUGUUGCAAACGAUAAGCGUCCGCUGCGAUCCACAGGGAAUGCACUGAAUGUUGCUGUUAGCUUGUUAGAGGGGACUUUCGCGAAUUCUGGUGCCCGCAUACUACUGUUCACUGGAGGUGCAUGUACGGAGGGGCCUGGGAUGAUUGUUGGGCAGCAAUUGAAAGAAGCUAUCCGUUCGCAUCACGAUAUUGACCGCGAGACCGUCAAACACUUCAAGAGAGCAUCUAAGUUCUAUGAAGGUCUUGCAAAACGUGCUUCUGAUAAUGGCCAUGCAGUUGACCUCUUCGCUGGCUGCUUGGACCAAGUUGGUCUUCUGGAGAUGAAAUCACUUGCAAACUCGACGAACGGUGUUAUGGUCAUUUCUGACUCAUUUACUACUUCCAUCUUCAAGCAAAGCCUCCUCCGCAUGUUCUCAAAGGAUGCGGAGGGGCAUUUGCAAAUGGGCUUCAAUGCGACGUUUGACGUCCAGACAACGAAGGAACUAAAGGUUUCGGGCUUGAUUGGUCAUGCUGUCUCUGCGCAGAAAAAAUCUGCCUGUGUAGGCGAAACUGAAAUUGGCAUUGCUCAAACCUCUGCUUGGAAGAUUGCCACGCUCUCCCCGAAAACGUCUACUGCGGUAUACUUCGAAGUAGUGACUCCCGCUGGACAACCUCUUCAAACUGGCUCCCGGGGUUUGAUUCAGUUCGUGACUCAUUAUCAACACUCCAGCGGACAGAUGCGUUUGCGUGUUACAACCAUCGCUAGGAACUUUGCUGAGGCUGGCGCCCCGAGCAUACCUGCUGCAUUUGAUCAAGAAGCCGCCGCAGUUCUGAUGGCUCGAAUCUCCGUUUUCAAGGCGGAGAUUGAUGACUCGCCCGAUGUCCUUCGCUGGCUUGAUCGCAUGCUUAUCCGAUUAUGCCAGAAAUUCGCUGAUUAUAGGAAAGAGGAUCCAUCGAGCUUUAGACUCACAGAUAACUUUAGCAUAUAUCCGCAAUUCAUGUUCCACCUUCGACGGAGUCAGUUCUUACAAGUAUUCAACAACAGUCCCGAUGAGACAGCUUUCUAUCGACAUGUGCUCAAUGAAGAGGACGUCAAUGAUUCGCUAAUCAUGAUGCAACCCACCCUUAUGUCUUACGCAAUCGAUACCCCUCCGCAACCCGUGCUCCUAGACAGUGUGUCGAUCAAACCGGAUGUUAUCCUAUUAUUGGACACCUUCUUUCACAUCCUCAUCUUCCAUGGCGCAACAAUCGCCGAAUGGCGUAAAGCUGGAUACCAAGACCAGGAGGGGUACGAAAAUUUUAAUGAACUUCUGCAGGCGCCCGUAACGGAUGCUCAGGAACUUCUUGCCGACCGGGCCCCAAUUCCCCGCUAUAUCGUUUGUGACCAAGGAGGGAGUCAAGCACGGUUCCUGUUAUCGAAGCUGAAUCCAUCUACAACACACAUGUCAGGUGGAGUGUAUGGGUCGAAUGCUGGGUCAGGGCAGGCCAUCUUUACCGAUGAUGUCAGUCUGCAAGUGUUCAUGGAGCACCUGAAGAGACUGGCCGUUGGCGCAUCGACAACUUAA